AUUGCACAGAUUGGAUAUGAACCUCUUCCGACAAAGGUUGGCAGAAAUCUGUUUUUGCGAAGAGUUACCUUCUUGCCUGGAUUUUUUGAAUACGCCAGACACAUCAAGAAGGUUGAUGGAUUCACUGGGUUGUAUCGUGGUCUCUACCCUCGCAUAUGUGAAAGUGUCAUAGGCAAUGCUGUAUCCCAAGCAGUGCAAGAGAGAUUGGAUGAGAUUUUCCCAACUGAUGAUUCCACGAAACAGAAGAAGCUGCGUGGACUUGUCAAGUCUGAUGUUAAGACAUUUUCAAUUGAGACAUCCAAGGUUAUGGUGUCCAACUGUGUUGCGGUGGUCAUCAACCAUCCAUUCCACGUUGUAGCUAUUAGAUCAAUGGUACAAUUUGUUGGCAAGGAGACCGUCUACAGUGGAUGGAUCUCACCUUUCAAAGAAGUUUAUAGUUGAAAAUUUAUUUUUUACUGUUGAUUUACUGAUGAAAACAUAUUCUUCUUGCAGGGCCUGGUUCCAAGACUACUUCUUGAAAUUACCUCUCUAUGGCUAGCGAGGGCACUCUACUACAUUCUCAAUAAUUACAUUCUUGAUGAACAGACCAAUAAUAUCACAGAGCUGAGGAGUUACAGCCGUGCAAUAACUGGAUUCUUUGCAAGCAUGAUUACCUAUCCCCUUGGGCUUGUUAGUAACAUUAUGGCUGUCAACAAUUCAGGCCUUGCUGCUGCUCACCAGCCGUACAUGCCAGUGUACACUGGCUGGGUGGAUUGUUGGCAGACACUGAGUAGGGAGCGUGAACUGAAGCGAGGUUCAAGCAUAUUCUGGCGACAAGUUUCGAAGGGUCGGGUCAUGGCGACGUACAAACUCAACUAAAAAUCGAGUUUAGUGAUGAUGAUGAACAAUCUCACCUAAGGAUCUUGUCAUGAAAACCUGUUUAAAAUAACUUACGUUGCUAUUUAAACCAUUUGUGGAAUUUUAGGGAAUAAAAAAAAAAUGUGUAGUAGUUUAUAUUUAGAUAUGUGAUGCAAGUAAUUUUGAUUAGGCAAUAAAUAAUAUGAAGAUAAUUACAGUUUUGUGGUUUCACAUUUUAAAGUAAGCUGUGUAUCUCAAGUAAAACUAUUCACAAAUACCCAUGAUUAGGUAUUUUUUCAGAUUGUAUGAAGAAAAUUGUGUCUUUUUUUUUGGCAAAAGUCAUAUGGAACAGUUGUGUCUAAUAUGCAAUUUGAUACCAGAUUUCAAGUUAUGUAAUGUUCCUUCCUCACUAUCAAAUUUUAUGUAACACAUUUGUGUGGUGUUUCUAGGUAUAUAUGUGCAUGAUGAUGUCAUAUUACAACCAAAUAUGGGCAUAUCACAUUUAUUUGUCACAUCAACUUUGAUAGUGUGUAUAGAACUUACCAGAUUGUAGGCUGUUCUUCAAUUUACUUUAUAUAUUUGAACUCAUUUUUUUUAAAUAGUUUUGUUUAAAAAUUAUUCUUUGACAAGUAAUAUAAGAUUUUAUUUUCAGGUGUUUGCUUAGAUUUGCUUGCAAUUUCUCACCUGUUUGUGUAUUCUGAAGUCUAAAAAUCCGUUCCUUUUAUGGCAAAGUAUUGAAAUGUAACAUAUGAUUGUUAAUCUAUCAUUUAUUCCUAUAGAUUGUGAGUAAAUUUGCAAUUAUUAGCUGCUCAACAAAAACCACAUGCUCUCUUCACUGAAAUCAAUUUUUAAAUUUUUAUUUUUACACUAAAUAAUUUCACACUUUGCCUUAAAGGGGACAGAUUUAUAGCUCUAGCAUUUAUAACACCAGCGAUCAAAUUGAUCACAUCUGGGAAUUUUUUUCACUAAAUGUUGUCUGUCGUAGAAACUAAUUAAAUCAUGAUUUUAAAAAAUUGUUUAUAACACUGUCUUUCUUUUAAACAAACUUAAUUACUAUUUGCUUGAGCAAUAUCCCAGAGCAAAAGUAAUGGUUUUAUAAUUUGCAUAAUGUGGUGUUAUACGCUAAGGGAACUAUUAAUCUUGUCACACCCAAGCAUACUCCCCUCCCCCACAUACCUAUAUGCUAUUGUUAUGCUUUCAGUUGAGUAUUUCAAUAUUUGUAGCUCAAAAUAAACAUAAAAAAUUCAACCAUUCAUGGUUGUAACAUAGGAGCAUUUGGCGCAGCAGUAUUAGUCAUCAGGCUUUCAACUAAGUGGUCAUGUAGCUUGUGUCGAGUCAUGUACCUUGUGUCAUUCUUGCAAGACACUUUAAUAGAUGAAUGAUUUGAAAUACUCUUACAAUUUUCUUCCAAAAUAUAAACAAAGAAUGGAUGCAAGGAUGACCCAAAAAAUCAACAAAAGUAAAUUUAUUUCAAAUGUGGUCCUUGCUGAGACUGAAAAGUGAAUAUUGAAGGUGAAAAUUAAGGGACCUCAAUGGAACUACGUCUUGGCUUUCUUGAGUUAUUCUUUGAAUUUCACUAUCAUUGUGGAUAUUUUUGUAUUAUUUUGUUCUUGCUUUUUAUGUGAUUUCAGAUUUUCCUAAUAAAUUCAUUCAUUCGUUCAAGAGAGUUAGAUUAGGGAAAACAUACAGAGGUGUAGAGUCUUAUGGUAUUUUGGGCUAUAUAAAUCUGACAAAUAAUAAUAAUAAUAGAGGAACAGGUUUUAAUUGUCAUAAUAAUAAAUUGAAUACAGUAAUAGGUGCUUGCCUUGUUUUUUUAAAUGUUGAAUUGACUACAUUUAUCGUAAUAGGUGCUCAUUUACAUUGGUGACAUCAUAUAAUUUGCAUAGACCCCUUGCACAGGUUUUUGCACUUAACAGAUGAAAAUGCGGACAGCCCAGAAGGCAUAAAACAGUCAGCUGAGCUGUUUGCACACUGAUACGUAGAGUGCGUACACGUUAAGUAAACAGUGCAGCAGGUCUAUAAUUGAUGACAAUUAUGCAAGAAACUUGCUUCUAACUCUUUGAGUUUAACACAUUUAGUAAGAAGUAUUGUAUUAUGGUAAAUAUGGGUUUUGUUGAUAACCAAUUAUGUGUAGAAUUAGCCACCAAACCAUGAAUGGUGUUUCAAAAACUUUGUCUACAUCAUCCAUUGACUUGGUUUUUGUGUAGUUUUUAUUUCACAGUUGCAGGAACAGAGUGCAAAGGCAUUUUGGUUUUUUUGUUUGUUGUAAACACUUUUGUUACUCGUAUAUUUGACCAUAGCACUAAAAUGUUUUCAAACUACAUUACUGUAAUGGCAAUUGAUUUAUUGUCCUUGCUUAGGGAAAGCGUAUAUUUUGUAUUCAAUUUAAAUAAAUGGUUAAUUGGGUAUAUUGCUUCAGAAA